ACAGCAACACGUGUUCCUCAUCCUGCAGUGAAACAAAUCCGUACUAUCCUAAGGAUUGUCACCCAGCUGAGACUGCAGGUAAACAGAGAGACAUACAGUACUCCAACAGAGACGCACCCAAGAUGACAGUCCUGUGUCUGCUGAUCUUGAUCCCCUUGCUUGGUCUUGGAUCCCUCUGCACUGCAAAUGAAACACUCCCUCUCAGUAUGGCCUCCCAGAUCAACACUACAGUGGGCCAGUCAGUGCUGCUGCCCUGCUUCAUCUCCCCUCUGAAGGACACCCGGGUCUACUGGCAAACAGCUGAGGACAGUAAGGGAAACGUUUCGGUGCUCCACUUCAUCAAUAUGGGUGUGGGGGAGCUUCAACACCAGGCUCCUCAGUAUCAGAACCGGACCUCUGUGGACCUCAGUCAGGCGGCUGCUGGAAACCUGAGUCUGGAGCUGAGGAACGUGACCGAGGCGGACAACCAGACCACUUUCUGCUGCCUUUACUCUAUAGCGACGCAGGUACCGAUGGAAGUCAGCAAUGUCACUCUGAUGGUGUUGCAGGAGCCUGAUGUUGCCAGAACCAGAUCCGGCUGCUCGCGACCUCACCAGAGCCACGCCCGUCUCACCAUGGCUUCUGCCGACUCCCGUCGCCAUGGUGUCCGAGAACCUCCACUGCUGCACCCCUGCCAAAGCCAAAGCCCCAGUCUGGACCAGGUUCUAGGGCCCAAACCCAGUCUGGACCAGGUUCUAGGGCCCAACCCCAGUCUGGACCAGGUUCUAGGGCCCAAGCCCAGUCUGGACCAGGUUCUGGAUCCCCAGUCGGUGCCCAAACCACUCACGCAGGGCCCGACCCAUGCAAAGAUGAUACACAUGGAUGCUCCCCCGCAGUGGCUGUGUCUAAGUCUAAGUCUGUCGCCGUGA